GAUAGUAAUACACCGGCGGCAACUUUUAAUACACCGAUCGAUUUGUAAGGACGGAAGGAGAACUCUGAUUCCAUUCUCUGCGCCUCGCUCAAACUCCAGUCAAAAUGGUGAUGAGCGAAACCAAAAGCUUGACAAUGGUAGAAGUCUCCCUUGUAGAGGGGGCCAACGCUGUCCAAAAGCAAAAAUCGUGCUGGUUUCCUUUCAAAAAUCAUAUGAAAAAUCGUAAGAGUAUUACAGCGGGACCGGGACCGGGACCGAAAAUGGUUGCCAACAAUUGGGAUGUUGACGGGCUUGACAUAAGCGACAACAAAAACCGCUACAAUACCGAACACAACAAAUCGCAACGUUUCCACAGGAACAAUGCGAAGACGAAAGGGAGUUCGGUCUCGACCGGCACCAUAACAGACACGUCCUUCCAGUCCGAGGAAUCUCCGGGAGGAACGAGAUCCUACAAUAGUUCCCACGAUUCAUCAUCGCGAUCCAAAGCCAGUUCUAGUCGAAAUACAUCCGCCAACUUCUCGUACCAAAGUAAUUCCAACAGCAUACUUGAAAACAGCCAUCAUCGCAACGAACAUGGUGACGAACUCGAACUAGAGGACCCCUACUUUCUCGACGAAGAUUUCGACGACGACGGUAGUAUUGUUGCGAACGAUAGGUACGCUAACCCAAAGAAAAAGCAACAAAGCACGGAACAGCGUCUUGGUGAUGCAUUACCCGUUCCUGAUAUGGACCUAGAUCUAGCCACGCUGGAAACCAACUGCUCAACAAAGGAAUUCUGGGUGGACGAAAUGGUUGAAGGUGGGGCCUUUAGUUGCCUACAGGAACGCGAAAAAGUUUCAAACUCAAACGAUACCAAAUUGAAUGAAUCAGAGGAUUCUGGUGCUUCAACGACCAAUGGUUACCCUGAUUUGAGUAGAGAUUCUGAAGAAUCGAUCGGAACAAUUACCCAUCCUCUAGGCAGGAUCAUGCGAUUUGUUUCACAAGAUCCAGAAGAUUCAAACGACGGGGCUCCUUUGCGCCGCGUUCUUUGUUCCGCAAUUUCACUCCGAAAUGGACACAAUCCGAUGCUCUGUCGAAACAGGGAAGAGACACGACGCCAAGAUGAACAGAAUCCAACUACAACCAAAGUCUGGAAGGAGAACCAAAUUGGUACCAUUGUCAAUCAUCACGAUGAAGAAGCACCAAAUUUCUUCGUAGAAGUUGAAGCAAGGCGAGAACACCUCGACGGAGUACGAGAGCUGGAGGAAAUCCAAGCAGAAAAUGACGAAUUCGAAGAAGAUAUCGCCAUAGCCAGAACGGCGUCGUUAGUGGACGAAGAUUCUGCUUUUAUGGAGUCUUCCAACGGCGGGAUGAAUAGAAAUAACGUAUUGAAACAUGCAUUUCUGCCACCUCUCGGGCAGAGCGAUAAUUCCGAAACUUUUUCUCUGAGUAGCAAAAAGUUGGUAAAGAACAUAAUCUCAGGAGCAAAAGCGACCAACAACGAGAGCAAAAACUUGCAAAGUAUGGAUUCAUCAGUCAGUUUUGAUAAUGGAAAUAUAGCUUCGAGGUUGCCGAUAAUGAACUCUGAUCAAGGAAACCGAGAUUUUCAGCGUGAAAAGAUGGAUAGGCAAGAUAAACUAAUGUCAGAGAUGGUCACCGAUCGAGUGCUGGCAAUGCAAGUAGACAAUGGCAUAAUUUCUGACUCUAUACUCAGAGACAAAGAUGAGUUCAUGAUCACUCAAACAGAAUGCAAGCUCAGAGAUGAGUCAAUGAGAUCAGGUUCUCGAUCCCGAGAAAGACAAAUAGAAAGAAAGAAUCAAUCACUUUUGAACGACUCAAUUUCGAUUGAUUCGCCGCCGAGAAUAAUUAAGCCGUCGGCACCUGUAUCUAUAUUGAAUCCCAUCAAUAUAAGUGAAUUGACUGA